AUGAGAGAGAUGGAUUUGAGCUGGAAUAUCCUUUCUGGCCAAAUACCUUCCUCCUUUGCAAACCUGAGGAACCUCAACGCUCUUGGUCUUUCUGAUAAUCGUCUGUCAGGACCCAUACCUGAAGAGCUAGGACAAGUCCAAACCCUACAAGUGCUAUACUUGCAAAAAAACAGGCUGAACGGUGCUAUUCCGCCCUCCCUUGGAAACCUCACAAUGCUCACAUUCUUGUACCUAUAUCGGAACCAGCACACUGGUCAGAUCCCGGUAGAGCUAGGGACGCUCUCGAGCUUGAUUGAAUUUGAUUUGUCAGAGAACCAUUUGACCGGCACUGUUCCCUUUUGUGUUGCUGGAAAUCUUACUUCACUGGCCUAUUUUUCUCUUUGGGGUAACCACAUAACCAAAUCCAUCCCUCAUGAGUUCGGAAAUCUCGUGAAUCUAGAAAUCCUUGACCUCUCUGAAAAUUUCAUAGUUGGACCAGGGCCGUCAAGUAUUGGGAACAUGUCUUCACUUAGACAAAUAGUAAUACAUACCAAUAAUCUCUCAGGAGAAAUGCCGAAUGAGCUUGGAAAUUUGGCAUACUUGGAAUCACUGUCAUCCCACGAAAACCAAUUGUCCGGCCCAAUCCCUCAAAGUUUUGGAAAAUUGGCGAGCAUGACAGAAAUGCGACUAUUCACCAAUCAGCUCUCUGGCCCUUUGCCUUUGACACUCUCCAACCUUACCAAUUUGGUCCUGGUUUUGCUGGCUGACAACCAGCUGACAGGACACUUGCCAGAGUUGUGCCAAAGUAAAAAGCUACAAGAUUUCCAAAUUUUUGAUAAUAAUCUGGAUGGUCCUGUCCCAAAAGGUUUGAGGGAUUGCAGUUCACUAAUAUCCCUUGGAAUUGACAAAAAUCAGAUCGAGGGAGACAUAACUAAAUCAUUUGGGGUGUAUCCGCAUCUCAAUGACAUUAGUUUAUCUUCAAACAAAUUUGUAGGGCGGCUCUCGCCAAAAUGGGGCUUGUGUCAAAACUUGACAAGUGUUGAUUUUGGACACAACAUGAUAGAAGGCAGUAUACCAUCUGAUCUUGGGGAGCUAAAAAAUCUUGCAAUUCUCGAUAUGCGUUUCAAUAGGUUGACUAGUGAAAUACCAUCGGAAAUUGGCAAGUUAAGCAGCCUCUAUUGGAUGGAUCUAGGAAGCAAUCGACUAUCUGGCGAGAUCCCUAAGCAAAUCGGCCAACUUAGUAAUCUUGAGAUUCUUGAUUUCUCAAGCAACCAGUUAAGUGGUAAAAUACCAGAAGAGAUCGGUAAUUGUUUGAAACUGCAGUCAUUACAUAUGAAUAACAACAGCCUUAGUGAAAGUCUUCCUGGUAGUUUGGGCCAUUUAGCUUCCCUUCAAAGCAUGCUUGAUCUUAGUAUGAAUAGUCUCAGUGGACCGAUACCAUCGGAACUCAGCAAACUUGAGAUGCUGAUGUUUGUGAACUUCUCACACAAUCAAUUCAGUGGUGGCAUCCCCAUCUCCAUCGCAAGCAUGCAAAGCAUAACAGUAUUUGAUGUAUCAUACAACUUCCUAGAAGGCUCUGUCCCAAAUGGUAUUCACAAUGCAUCAGCUGAAUGGUUUCUCCACAACAAAGGCCUCUGUGGAAACCUUGUUGGCCUGUCUCCUUGUGAUUUGCAACUUGCAGAUCAUAGUCGGAAACAUCAAAAGAUUAUACUACCAGUGGGUCUUCCUAUGUUUGUCGCUACUAUUUCGAUAGUAGCAGGCGAUGAGGAGGCACAUGAUGAAGAAAUAUUCCAGCAUGAGAUUGAAAUGUUAACAAAAGUUCGCCAACACAGCAUCGUCAAGUUGUAUGGCUAUUGUUCUCAUCCACGGUACAGGUUCCUUGUAUGCCAAUUCAUAGAGAGAGGAAAUCUAGCUUCUAUCUUAAGCAAUGAAGAACUAGCAUCCCAGUUCCACUGGGAAAGGAGGAUAGCUCUAAUAAGAGAUGUGGCUCAAGCCAUCACUUAUCUCCAUCAUGAUGUUCACCCACCCAUAAUUCAUAGGGACAUCACAAGCAGAAACAUCUUAUUAGAUGCUGACUACAAGGCAUUUGUCUCGGAUUUUGGUAUUGCAAGAAUGUUAAAACCCGAUUCUUCGAAUUGGAGCGCACUAGCGGGGACCUAUGGCUACAUUGCACCUGAAUGUUCAUACACUUCUCUAGUCACGGAGAAAUGUGAUGUAUAUAGCUUUGGUGUUGUGGUGCUUGAGGUGUUGAUGGGCAAACAUCCAGGAGACGUGCAAAAUUUUCUUUCUUCACUUGGUGAUGACCAGUUGCAUCUGGAAGAAAUUUUGGACAAACAACUUCCAAAACCCGAAGCUGAGGAGGCAGAAGACUUGAGACGGUGUAUAUUUGUGGCGUUUGAGUGCCUAAUUCCUUCCCCCAAAGAAAGGCCAACUAUGCUGAAAGUUUAUCGAGAUCUUUCAAUCUGA